AUGAGCACCUGGAUGAACGACGCAGUCCCGAACCACAAUGGCAACGGCUUCCCGCACAUGAAUGACCCCAGCGCCGCCAGUGCCAUGAUGGACCCGUCCGCCUUCAUGGCCAACCCGGGCCAGUUCAACUCUGGCGCCCAGUUUCCCAAUCAACAGCAGAUGGCUGCUAUGCAGAACGGCCCGAUGCGCCACGCCUCGCCCGCGGGCUACCAGGCAUCCCAGGUCUAUCAGACCAAUUCUGUUAUUCCAUCAAAACGCCCGCGGCCCCGUGAGGAUUCCAUCUCUGGCUCUCCCCGACAGAAUCCGGGCAUGCUCCCGACGUCGCGCUCCGAAACGCCGCAGCAGCAGAACUUCCCGGGCUUCCAGCCUGGCGCCAUGCCUCCGCAGAACGCCGGCCAGUUCUCGCAUCUCCAGACCAACGGCUCGGCCAACGCAAGCCCCUCACCCAUCAUGGGGAACCAAAUGCGCCCGGGCAGUGUUCCUCAGAGGGUGGCGACGGCCUCGCCUCAUCCGUUUUCCCCAGGCGCCCGGCAGUUUGGUUCUCAGACAUCGCCUAUUGCCUCGGAGCACGGCACUCCCCAGCCGAACCCUUACAUGCAAAACCUUGCCCAAGGUUACAACCCGGCUUUCACGCAAUCGCCAUCGAAUUCGCGUCCGUCACCAAACCCGAACGCCAUGGCGGGGAAUCCCAUGAUGGCCCAGCAAAUGAAUCAGAUGGGGCAGCCGAUGGGUCAGAUGCCAGGUAAUGUAUAUGCUCAGAUGCAGCAACAACAGCAGAUUCAACAACAACAGCAGCAGCAGCAGCAACAGCAGCAACAACACAACCAGCAGCAACAGCAGCAGCCCUCAGCCCAAUCGCAGCAACAGCGGCUGCAGUCCAUGCCGGAUGGGAAAAUGGCUGCGUACCAGAUGCGACUCCAACAGCAACUUCAAGGCGGUAUGCAAAUGCAAGCUCAGAUGCAGGCCCAGGGCAUAGGGCGCGGAAUGAUGGGGAAGCAGCCGAUGCCCGGUGUGCCGAAUGGCCAAGGUCCCCAGGGACAAAUGCGACCCCAGCACCGACCUACGGGCAGUGUCAAUGCGGAACAAUUUAUGAAGAACCUCACAACACUUAUGCAUGCAAAGGGUCUCCCACUAGAUCCGAAUCCCAUGAUUGGAGACAGGCCCAUUAGCCUGGUGAUCCUCUUCCAGGCUGUACAGGCAAAAGGCGGCUCGAAGGCGCUGACCGCUGGGAAUAGCUGGGCUGCCCUAGCCCAGAUCUUGGGACUUCAAGCGCAAAACCCCAACGUCGUCUUGGCGCUGAGGCAGAUUUAUGAACGAAAUUUACUCAAGUUUGAAGAGGCCUGGGUGGCUCAGCAGAAACAGAGAAACAGUCUAUCCCGCAGUAUCGAUGCAGCUGGGCCGAAUGAUUUUUCAAUACCGUCGCCGGCUCACUCAAGAACUGGGAGCAUGCCCUUGGGCCCAGGCGAUGCCAGGUCGAUGGGUAUGAUGGGUGCUGAGCAGCAGAUGCCCCGACUGCCUCCAAAAUCCGAGGACUAUAACCCUUGUGCACGGGAGCUUUCUACCUAUGGUGGUGUCGACCUCCAUGCGGCUAAUCUAUUAGGUGGGGAGCUAGAGCGGUGGAAACCCACCGUCCCACCUGUCAAUGACCUCGGCAACAUCGACAUAUCUGCAUUAACACGCAGCUUGCAAAGUGGAAUUCAUGGGGAAGUUCGCCUUGCUUUGGAUACGCUUGCGACGGUGUCCCAUUCACUGAACCAGGCACAUUUCUUGCAGCUACGAUAUUGCGAUGACUUGGUCGAUGCACUCAUCGACUGUGCGGAAGAGCAGCUCGAGCUAUUGACUGAGCACACAGCGGAGGUGUCCGAUGACAUCCAGCUUACUUCGUACGAGGAAGUUGUCAGGGCAUGCCGCAUUGAGCGGUUCGCAGUUCGCGAUGUGCCUGCUUUCGGGACCGAGGACUAUGAGCUUGACAGAGCUGUCGAUCGACUAGUGUGUAUCUCGACUAUCCUACGCAAUGUCUCCUUCCCAGGCGAACAGAAUGAUAACCACAAUAUGCUUGCUGACGAAUCUGUCAUCAAGUUCCUUUGUACUGCUAUCAGGUACCUCGGCACAAGGACCAUGCUUCUUCGCACUCAUAACAACACCCUUGACUUCAUGAAGGAUGUGGUAAUCCUCCUUUCCAAUAUUUCUAGCUCGAUCGAAAUUCCUGGUCGGGAGCAAGCGUUUUGUCUUUUACAAUUCUUGCUGUCAUUCGCUCCGAUUCCCAGCCCAGUAGUGACCGGUGAAACUCUUUUCUUUAGCAACUACGACCCGAGCGUUCACACAUAUCUUCCUCACGCUGUCGAUGCACUGGCAAAAUUGCUUGCUCGUGACGAGCCUAACAGAAGCCACUAUAAAAAUCUCUUUGCUAUUGAUGCUACGAACAACCCUCCAUACGAACUCCUUACUCGCACCUUUGCGUUGGCAAUUUCACCGAUACCGGACAAGGUUAAGGAGCGUGAUCGACCGACAAGCUUCCCCUCGCUUGUGGAAGUCCGGAAGCCCUAUCUUAUGCAAGGGCUACUUUCAGCCGAGAUUAUUGCCUCUCUGGCACCUGGGGCAGAGUCGCACGUUGUGAGGAGCUGGCUGGCCGCGGGCAAUGGGCUUGCAAACAACCUCUUCCGUCUCGGCCAAGAGCUGAGUCGUAUGUACGAACAACCACAGGCUUUCGGUCGAGGAGCGGGACGGGGUCAACCCAGGAAAGACCCUGAGCUUGUCUACAUCUCUGCUCUCGCAGUUACUUUGUUGAGGCGAUUGGUAGAAAAGUCAAGAGAUCCAAACAACCCUGCUAUUGCGGCUGCGGGGGCCUUUUUACCGAACACGCAAACAUUGUUGGAAGCCUUAUCCAUGCAGAGUCCUGAGUGGUCAAAAGAAGGUCUAUUACAACAUUUGUCAACCAUUACGAGCCUAGCAGGUUAA